UCAGGUGAGGAGCUUCAGCUUAUUCUCGGGUGUUUAUUAUCAGCUCCAGUCUUUUUCUUCCAAAGACGCAUUUUUGAGAGUUUUGCGCCACCUUGUGUGUGAAGAGCUUCCUCCGCACACACACGGACACAAAAUGGUGUCACUAGUUUGUACUCUUGGACAGCACACGGACGAGCUGAGCUGCUGCGCCUUCUCUCCGGCCCUGCUCGCCACCUGCUCCGCAGAUAAAACGCUCCGUGUUUACAGCACCGCUGAGUUCACCGAGCUCCCCUUCUCUCCUCUCUCCGGCCACGGAUAUGGCGUUCACUGCUGCUGUUUCAGCUCCUGUGGUCGGUUCCUGCUCAGCUGCUCCACAGACGGAUCCAUCAUCGUGUGGAGGUUGGACACAGGUGAGGCGGCGGAGGUGCUACAGCACCCGGGCCGCAGUCCGCUCCGAGUGUGCGCACUGGCUCCGGUCUCCUCUCUGCUGCUGGCUGGAGCCUGCGAUGGCACCGUGGCUCUCUGGGACUUCUCCUGCAAGACACUGCGCAGAUGCAGCACAGUGAGCGAUGCCAGCGUCGUGGCUUGCUGCUUUUCUCCGUGUGGCCAGCUCUUCGUGACCGGCUGCAGCCGCGGAGACCUCAAACUGUGGGACGCCAACAUCAGCCUCCUGCAUGCGGAGAGGGACGCUCACGACAUGGGAGUCACCUGCUGCAGCGCCGCAGCCCGCUUCAGAGUGGUCGGCUGCCGUCUGGAGUUCCGAAUGGCCUCCUGUGGACAGGACAGCCAGCUGAAAAUAUGGAUCGUUUCCCAGUGUGAAGGAGCAGCCUUCGCCAUGAAGCUCCUUCACACGCUCACCACCCAUUUGGCUCCGGUCCUGUCUUGCGCUCUCUCUUCUGAUGGAGACCUGGUCGUCUCGGGUUCAGUGGAUAAAAGUAUUUUGAUUCAUGACGUGAACCAGGGAACCCUGCUCCACACUUUGAAGCAGCACAAUAGGUAUGUGACUGCUGUAGCUCUGUCUCCCAAUAAGCCGUGGAUAGCGACCGGCUCCAUGGACCGAACUGUGAAAGUUUGGAGAAUAGGAGAGGGAGACGGCACAACGGCAGCUGAGUCAAGUCAGACGGCGUGCCAAGGAAGGAAGUUGCCGGGUCACUUCAGGUUGCUGGUUGCCGAUUGGUCGGAGGAGGAUGUGCAGACAUGGUUGCACGAGGAAGGACUCGGGGAGCUCGUCGGCGUCUUCAAAGCCAACAACAUCGACGGACCAGAGCUCGGCCAUCUGAGUAAGGAAACUGUCGCAGAGCUGGGAAUUGAGUCGGUGGGCCUCCGUGGUCGUCUCCUGAGGAAGAUCCAGGCCUUGAAGGCAGAGCAGAGCGACUCUGAGGCUCCGGAUGAGUUUCUGUGUCCAAUCACGAGAGAGCUGAUGAAGGAUCCAGUCAUUGCUGCAGACGGUUAUUCCUACGAGCGUGAAUCCAUCGAGAGCUGGAUCAGAGGCAAGAACAGAACCAGCCCCAUGACGAAUCUGCUCCUGCAGACUACACUUCUCACGCCCAACAGGUCGCUGAAGAUGGCAAUAGCACGAUGGCAGUCGAGCCUGUAAGCAGCAGCAGCAGCAGCAGCAGCAGCAGCUACUCGUUUUAGUGUUUGUCAGAAUCCACUGAACAGGUACUUAUUCCUACUUACUAUGACUAGGGGUGGGUAUCACAGGGUAUCUCACGAUAUGAUACGUGGUCCAUGAUACCAAUAAUAUCACCAUACAAUCAUUCUGUGACAAUCAUAUAGCGAUACAAAGUUAAAAGUGCAGGAUUUCUCUAUUUAUUCACAACGUAGAGAACAAAGUGCAUAAAGUCUAUGCAUUGAACGUGGGCGGAGCAUCUGCUAGCUUCCUCCAUCAUUAUCCUGCUGUGAACUCCUUGUUCAUUCAAGCAGCGCCACCAUGAGGAGACGUAAAGUAGUGAUGCCCGACAAGUGAAACUGACUGGGACUGUUUACUUUAUAGUGCCUUAAUUUAUUCAUUAUAAUAUCGAUACAAUGUAGUGUGUUUUUAUUUACUCGAAUAAAUAAUUACAGUUUAUUUAAAUAGAAUUACAACCUAGUGACCAAAAGUGAGUUAGCAGUUAAACUGGGACAUUUGUGCCAAGUCUUAU